AUGGGAGUCGCGUACUCGACGCUGGAGAAUUUGUCCCACGACUAUCAAAACUAUCCUCCGGGCUGCGUGCCCUGCCCGGAAGGCUACAAGCCCGGCAACCCCGGCACUUUCGAGGAGAUCCACAAAAAGUUCGACCAUCUCGAGUCACGGCUCUUCGACGCGGACCAGGUCCGAGAAGAGGACCGCGAGCAGGGAUACAGGUUCGGGGCCUCUUACGUUGGGACGAAGAGGGUCGGGCCCAGAGAGCGGUACCCACAGCUGUACGGGGACAUGAGGCCGAACGGCGACGUGACGGCCAACUUCGCGCACACCCUCGGCUGCAGGUGCAGGCUCAAGCUGGCGGCCAAGAUCAAGGGCGGCCGGUACGAGUGCAUCCGGUCGACGGUCGAGUACAGAACGGACGACUGCACGGUGGGCGUCACUCUGGUGAACCCCGUUGUCGCCAAGCAGCAAGGCGUCCUUGUUUUGCAGUACUUGCAGGCGGCCAGCCCGAGGAUGACGCUCGGUGUCGAGCUCGCCCACAACCACGGCUCGGAGAACCCGGGCAGUAGGCGGACCAACUGGGCGCUGGCGUAUCGGUACAGCACCGGGUUCCGUACUCUGUCCACGACGGUCGGACAGGCUGGAGUGAGAGUUUGCUACCACCACAAGCAGAGCCAGCACUUGCAGAUGGGGGUCGAGCACCAAGAGAACUUUGUGGCUGGGCAGUCCAAGUCGAGGCUGGUUUAUCGAGUCGACGCGCCGAUGGCCGAAGUGGUGCUCAGAGGAUUCGUUGACACAAAUUGGCGGGUCGGCGCGGUGUUCGAGAAGAGGCUGCAUCCGAUACUCGAAGGGUCUCUGCUGCUCAGCGCUGUUAUGGAUCACGCCAAGCACAACAUCAGCGUCGGCGUUGGAUUGAACAUUGGACAGUAG